AUGGCCAGUAUCACAGUUUUCAUCAUGUUAAUCAGAUCUGUAGAUGAAGAUGAGAUGUCGAUGGCGAUAGGAUUGGCAGAAUUCUUUAACUCCAUAUUAGCUUGGCUACCGGGACCGAUAGUAUUUGGUAAACUGGUGGAUCGAGUGUGUAUGAUUUGGGACAGUUCUUGUAACAGUGUCGGUAACUGUGUUCUCUACAGUCUUCCAGACUUUCGCUAUGUGUUUAAUGGAUUGAUUUGCGGCUUUGAACUUUCAGCCGUAAUCUUCUUAACGAUAACGUUAUACUUUCGAAUAUGUCUAGAUAAACGGAACGCAGCAAAAGAGCCGAAGGUUGAGGUGGAAGUGGAAAUGCCGAUCGAUUAUGAUGAUUAA